GGGAAACAGAGGGAGGGUAGCUAGGAUUCUAGGGACUUUGCCCUUGACCCAAAGGUAUAAAGAAGAGGGUCCCAGCUCCUCCUUAGGCCCCUGCAGGCUUCUUUGAGCUGGAACUGGAGCUGGAACAAAGAACCUCAAGGUAUCCAGGAUGAUGUCCUAUGGAGAGAGGCUGGGGGCCCCUGCCGUCUCCCCACUUCCAGUCCGCGCAGGGCACAUGGUACACGGGGCAGCCUUCGCCUAUGUGCCCAGCCCACAGGUCCUGCACAGGAUCCCAGGGACAUCUGCCUAUGCCUUCCCCAGCCUGAGCCCAGUGGCCCUCACAGAGCACAGCUGCCCCUAUGGGGAGGUCCUGGAGUGCCCUGACCCACUACCUGCCAAGCUGGCCCUGGAGGAGGAGCAGAAGCCAGAGCCUGGGCUGGCCCAGAAGCUGCGCCAGGCUGGUGUGAUGCUCCUCAAGGUGCCGCUGAUGCUGGCCUUCCUCUACCUCUUUGUCUGCUCCCUGGACGUGCUCAGCUCAGCUUUCCAGCUGGCUGGAGGGAAGGUGGCUGGUGACAUCUUCAAGGACAAUGCCAUCCUGUCUAACCCCGUGGCGGGACUGGUGGUAGGGAUUCUGGUGACCGUGCUGGUGCAGAGCUCCAGCACGUCCACAUCCAUCAUUGUCAGCAUGGUCUCCUCUGGCUUGCUGGAGGUGAGCUCUGCUAUCCCUAUCAUCAUGGGCUCCAACAUUGGUACCUCUGUCACCAACACCAUCGUGGCUUUGAUGCAGGCAGGAGACAGAACUGACUUCCGGCGGGCCUUCGCGGGGGCCACAGUGCACGACUGCUUUAACUGGCUGUCCGUUCUGGUCCUGCUGCCCCUUGAGGCUGCCACGGGCUACCUGCACCAUGUCACUGGACUUGUGGUUGCCUCCUUCAACAUCCGUGGUGGCCGUGAUGCCCCUGACCUUCUCAAGAUCAUCACGGAGCCCUUCACAAAGCUCAUUAUCCAGCUGGACAAAUCUGUGAUCACCAGCAUUGCCACAGGGGAUGAGUCCCUGAGGAACCACAGUCUCAUCCGAAUCUGGUGCAACCCAGAACCUUUGGAGAUUGCCAACCAUACCUGCCUGAUUUAAACAAGCAUCUUUUGAGGACUUGCAACAUGGGACGCAAGCAUCAUAGCCUUGGAGAGGCACAGUGGUUUGCUUUAAUUCAUGUAAUUGAGAUGGGGCGCAAGUCCUGGUAGAAUCCUGACUCUUCAUCUCGCUACCUUUCCCAGAUUCCAGCCUGGGGUUCCACUAUAUGUGUUCAUUUCCCAUUCCACCCCUAGGCUUGAAUGCCACAGAGUAACUUGAGAAUGUCACAGGCCACUCUGAGAGACAUUCCAAGGUGGGAAAUGGGUGUCGUUCUCAAGAGUUCUCCUCAUAGCCACCAGAUGGCGCUGCUGGUCCGGAGUUGUCCGGCCUUCGGAGGAACAAAGACCUGGAGCUCCCCUUCCUCCAGAGGGAAAACUAUUUCACUGGCACACACCCUGUGUGUGUCUCCCCUGGGAAAGGAUUCUUGGAGUCCAACAGUCCUCUGUGAGCUUAAUAACCUCCUUCCGUUCCCAGAAGCGUCUCCUUAAUUGGGCGUGUCCCUGCAGGCAUUAAAAUCCCAACUCCCUCUUCUAAGAUCCUUCCAAUCAAGCUCCUGGGGAAAGUCGCACAGCAUUGUAGACCUCAGGUCCUAUAGGAGGCGACGGAGGCCAGAGGCUUAAGUGUGUGGUUCAGUGUCCCACAGCUGAAAAUGGCUCAGCUAUGGGGGGAGCCCAGGAGUAUGGAAGGCCCAUUCACUCUGUUCCACCCUCAACACUCAUUCCCCAACCUGUUUUCUUCUCCUCCAGCCUCCACCUCCACCGCAGGCCCAGACAGGAUGGUCCCAUCCUAGGAAUAUGCUCCUGAUCCUGGGCCUUCCAGCUCUAUUAUUUAGGCUGGAGUUUCCAUCAGCUCCCUUUGUCUUGUCCCAGGGUAUGCUCCCUUCCCUUGGUUCAUGGGAGCUGAUUUUGCAGGCUACCCACCUUUCUGCCCUGCUGCUACCUCUACAUUCCCCUUUUGCCCUUUAAGAUCUCUAACUUCUCUUGUGGGUUCACCCCCAAAUAGAAAAAUCAACAUUUUAAAACUCCAGAGUGGGAUUUGGGAAAUAGCUCAGUGGUAGGGCUUAAGUGUAGCGUGUGUGAGGCCCCGGGUUCAGUCUCCAUCACCCAAAGCAAAAUAGAACAAACACCAAAACCAAAGGUCUUAGCCCUCCGCCUUGCCCUGUCCCUGAUUUUCCCUAAGGUGGGACCCCAGCAAAGCUCCUCAUCAUCCUCUAGCCUCUCCAGGAUCCCAUAAGCCCCUCUCCCAGGAGAUCCCUGGGCCGAGACCAGGUUAGUGUUAGUGGGGACGGGAUGGGCAGGCACUCAAUUGUCUCAGGGAGUCAUCUGCUUUCUAGGCCUCCAGGCUGGGCACCCCCAGGAAGGUCACCAAGCUCCUCCCCACAGGGUCGGGAUCCUUGGUAACUCCCAGGGCCAUUGGUCCUGACCUAGGAAUUCAACCACAUUCCACAUGACCCUGAAUGGGUCUGGGGAGGGAAAUCAUCUAUUGCUUAUUUGGAGACACAAUUUACUGAAAACUUGUCAUGAACCAAGAUUAUCCUGCUUUAUUUUCUUUCUUUCUUUUUUGGUGCUGAGGAUUGAACCCAGUGCCUCACAUGUGCUAGGCAAGUGCUCUACCACUGAGCCACAACCCCAGCUACUAUCCUGCUUUAAAAAAAACCGACUCAGAGAGGUGGCUUGACUGAUCCGAGUAGUUGGUAUGAGAAGUAGGAUUUGGCCUGCUGUGUUGGCACAUGACUGUAAUCCCAGCAAUUUGGAAAGCUGAGGCAGGAGGAUCACAAAUUCAGCCAGCCUGGGUAAUUUGGUGAGACUCUGUCUCAAGAUAAAAAGUUAGAAGGUCUAGGGAUGUAGCUCAGUGGUGAAAUGCCCCUGGAUUCAACCCCGAGUACUAAAAGAGAAAAAAAAAAAAAAAGAAUUUGAACUCAAAUCUGACCAACAGCAAACACCUGGCUCUCUCUCUCCCUGGCACCCAGCUCUCUCCCUUGCUGACACAGUAGCUACCAUCACUCCCCAGCCUGGUUUUCCAUUCUAGCCAUCAGAGAUGAUUUUUCUAUUUCCUGGCCUGUAAUUCAGGCCUCCAGGCUUGACCGUGCCCCAAGGGUCAGACACAGCAAACUGAGAAGGCAGAUGAGCACAUUGUCUCAUUUGAGGGAACUCAUCCCACUAAAAUAAACCCUGAUGUUAAAACCA